AUGAAACAGAUGAGAAAACCCAUCAACGAACGUGCAGAUGAUGGCUCAAAGACAAUGGGCCACUUCGUAAGUGUGGCUGGAGAGGGUAACUUCGGAGAAUGGUUGAGUUUAGGAGUCAAGAAAGGCAUUCCUGAGGAAGUUGAUCAAACUCAAAACCCAAAUCCCCAGUCAAAACGUCUCAAGAACAGGUUGUUCUCAUGCAAUUUCUGCAUGAGGAAGUUUCAUAGUUCACAGGCCUUAGGGGGUCACCAGAAUGCGCACAAGAGAGAAAGAAGAGCAGCCAGAAGGGACCAAACUCAAAAGACGAUAGUGACGAUGAUGAAGACUACAAUCGGCUUACCGUGCACUUCUUUGGCAGCCAAGUCUCUGGGUCUCCAUGCCCAUUCGCUUACGCACAAACCAAGCAGGGAAGGGUCUGCUGUGGCUGCUCUUUCUGGAGUUGCCAAUUCUGGCUCUGGGUUUGGAAUGGCAUGGCCACCUCUUAUGAUAGAACAAGCCAUGGAUUUGAUUUGGCCCGGGAGCUUUCGGGUUAAUUUACCAAAGCAACCAUCUGAUGGAAGUAAGCUUGACUUAGAUCUUCGUCUAUGA